UUAAUGCAGUUUAGUUGGCUGAAAUCCUGAGUCGGUACAGUAAGUGUUAAUUAUGUUAUAUGAAAUUGUGUAGUGUUUCUGCUGGAAAUAAUGCUAACGUCAGUUGCAUUCAUUUGAUUUGUACCUAAACUCAAAAAUUAAGGCAGAAGAUAACCAGAAACUUGAAGAAGAAAUAACGAUAGGAAAACACCAAUCAACAUAGUAAAAUGCUUCCUACGCUCUUUGUCUUUGUCAUCGUUUUUAUAAUUUUCCUUUGGUUGGAUUGCCGUAAACCAAACCUGUUCCCACCUGGUCCCAAAUGGCUACCCAUCAUUGGCAGUGCUUUGUAUGUACACAACGAACGAAUGCGCACUGGUAUGUUAUGGAAGGCAAUGAUAUCGAUAGCAACAAAUUACAAGCACAACGGAGUGGUGGGCUUCAAAGUGGGUAAAGAUAAAACAGUGGUAGCAAUAAAUCCUGAAUCGAUUCGAGAGAUGACAUUGAACGAACAUCUGGAUGGACGACCGAAUGGAAUACUGUAUGAAACUCGUACAUGGGGCUCGAGACUAGGUGUCAUGCUUACAGACGGUGAACUGUGGAUGGAUCAGAGACGAUUCGUUGUACGACAUUUAAAAGAAUUCGGAUUUGCUAGACGCGGUAUGGUGGAAAUGAUUCAAACGGAAGCCCAACAUAUGCUAGCUGACUACCGUCAAAUUGUCGGUAAACAGAAUGGAAAGGCUCUAGUGCCAAUGCAUGACGCAUUCAAUUCGUAUGUGCUUAACACGCUUUGGUGCAUGAUGACUGGCACUCGAUAUGAUAAAGGCAAUUUGAAAUUGAAACAAUUGCAGUCGUUACUUCACACUCUAAUUAAAAAUCUUGAUAUGAUGGGCGCCCUAUUUAGUCACUUUCCGUUAUUGAGAUUUCUUGCGCCUAGCUAUUCGGGCUACAAAGAAUUUGUUGAAAUUCAUCAGACGAUGCACACGUUCAUUGAAAAUGAACUGGAAAAUCAUAAACGAAAUUUUAAGAUCGAAAAUGAACCGAGUGACUUAAUGGACGUCUACCUGCAAGUGCUACAAGAUCCGGAGAGAAAAGACAGUUUUUCCGAAAAGCAGCUUCUAGCUAUAUGUUUGGAUAUGUUCAUCGCUGGCUCAGAGACAACGGUAAAAACGAUUAAUUUCACAUUGCUGUACAUAAUUCGCAAACAAGAUGUUCAACGGAAAGCUCAGCAAGAAAUCGAUUCGGUGGUGGGAAGGGAAAGACUUCCUGUACUCGAAGACAGGACAAGAAUGCCAUAUUGCGAAGCCAUUAUUCUUGAAGGAUUGCGUAUUUUCAUGGGCAACACUUUUGGUCUGCCACAUCGUGCAUUACAAGAUACAGAGUUGUGUGGAUACAAAAUUCCAAAGGAUUCGAUAGUGAUUGCCUGUUUUGCUGGAAUGAUGAUGGACAGUGGUAUUUGGCCUGAUCCACACGAGUUUCGGCCGGAACGAUUCCUAGACCAGAAUAACAAAAUCAAUAUUCCGCUACAGUAUAAUCCAUUCGGCGCCGGGAAGCGUCGAUGUAUGGGUGAAAUGAUGGCCAGAUCGAGUCUGUUUCUGUUUGUCACAACACUUUUGCAGAAUUUCAAUUUUCUUGUGCCACAAGGUCAUCCUCUGCCGUCGGAUAAACCAAUUGAUGGAGCUACGCCGAGCAUACAACAUUAUACUGCUUUAGUGGAGAAUCGACAAUGAUAUUAUCCGAAAUAAAUAUUUUAGA